AUGCAUCAUCUAACAAGUCAGGGUCUUAAGUCACCAAUAAUUUCACUGCAUGCCCUUACUGGCUUGCAGGGGCAUAACAGGAUGAGGGUGGCCGCACGUGUAGGAGUAUUGUGGGCUAUUAUUCUAGUUGACUCAAGCAGCACCCACAAUUUUAUAGAUACAAGGCUGGUCAAUAGGUUAUCUCUACUAGUAUGGCAUCAAGAGCAACUAAGGGUCUUUGUAGCUAAUGGCAUCUGUCUUUUUACUAGAGGACUUUGCAAAGGGGUUACUUGGGAGGUACAGGACCAUAAAUUUGAGAUAGAUUUCAUGGUUUUGUCAUUAAAGGGCUGUGAUAUGGUGUUAGGUGUACAGUGGUUAUUAGGUCUAGGGGACAUCAUUUGGAAUUUCAGUUCUCUGACCAUACAGUUCAAUUUAGCAGGGCAGUCGUGUGUCAUUCAAGGCAUUACUCCUAGCUCACUAGCGGUUGGAAAUGGUGAGCUUAAUCCAAAAUGCUUUGCAGCAAUGGGGCAAACGAUGGGACCUUUUACUACACUUUUGAGCUCAAUUGAGCAAGUGACAUUGUCAACCAAGAAGGACAAAGACUCCGAGGACCAACUUCAUGAACUGUUGAGUGAGUUUGAGGACAUUUUUCAGGUUCCAAAAGGGUUGCCACCUCGAAGGUUACAUGAUCAUAAAAUUCCUCUAAGGGAUGAAGGGACAGUGAUUAAAAUGUGGCCUUAUCGAUAUCCAGCAUUUCAAAAAAAUGAAAUGGAACGACUUAUUCAAGAAAUGCUUGCUGCUGGUAUCAUACGUGAUAGCACCAGCUUGUUUGCUUCUCCUAUUGUCAUGGUAAAAAAAAGAUGGAUUAUUGAGGAAUUAUUGGAUGAGCUUGGAGAAGCUCGCGUCUUCCCUAAAUUGGAUCUCAGGUCGGGAUAUCACCAAAUCUGCAUGUGGGAGCCGGACGUUCACAAAAUGGCAUUUCGCACUCAUGAUGGGCAUUAUGAAUUUCUUGUCAUCCCUUUCGGCCUCACAAAUGCCCCAUCUAGUUUUCAGGCCCUCAUGAACUCUGUCUUCAAACCGCUACUGCGUAAGAUUGUGCUUGUUUUCUUCGACGAUAUCCUGGUCUAUUCCAAUUCGUAG